AUGACCGACGCUACCGACGCUGAGGAGGCCAUCCCCAUCGAAGAGCUCACACCCGAGGAAGCAAGCCGCAUAAUUCACUCUCACCGGAAAGUGCGAUAUGGCAAGUAUCCCCGGUCCCUGACGCGUUUGAGCCGAACGGCAUGUUGGCCAUGCCGACAAAGAAAGGUAAAGUGUGACAACAAGCAGCCGUGUGAGAACUGCGUCAAGCGAGAGCAUGCUCAGCUGUGCUCGUACAAACCAAACCGCUCUUCCGCCACCAAAAAUACUGCUGCGUCUCACCAUCUUCACGCCAAGAAGCGUGCUCGCUCAUUUUCAGAUGGUCAGGACGAAGGCCGGAAAUCUGAGCGCGGCGACAGUUGGCCGCGGGCUAUAGGUGUAUCGACAAGCCUUGAUGAUACAGAGUCGGUGGGAGAUCGUUACCUUGGCCAGAAUAGCAUUCCGGCCUUCCUCCGAGAACAGUCCUCUCCAAUUGAGAGGAGUGACAACGUGGAUAUCCGAGGGGACAUGCGCUCUAUUCUGGGCCUUGACACUUCCGCCCCCUUCCCUCUCAUGUCGUCUCAUCAUCUGCGCCGACUAGCCCAGGAUAUCUCAGCCGAGCUUCCGUCCGACCGAGAAGUGAUGAAAUUGUUCCGCACAUACAAGGAAAUUCCUCAGCCCUUUUGGGGAUUCGUCUGCGACAUUGACGAUUUUGAAUCCAAGCUUAUGGUCUACCUUGAGGACCGUUCCCGCAACGCCUCAUCCGCCAUGAAGUCUUCAAGGCCGGUAGCAGCGUCAUGGCUUGCCAUCCUAUUCGCCGUCCUGGCCGUUGGCUCCCAGUACCACGAAAGCCCGUAUCAUAUUCGCACCCGUAACUCUCAAAGAUAUAUACAGAUAUCUUUUCAUUUUCUUCGACUUGGUAAUUUUUUGUUGCGUCCGUCAUUUGACUCCAUCCAAGCUUUGUUACUCACGAGCUUUGUCCUCUUGAAUGACAUGAAGGCAGAAGCCUCGUGGGCACUGACCGGCCUCACAUGUCGCUUGGCACAGUCGCUAGGACUUCAUCGCACCACUAGCUUGGAUGGCCGUGACGGCAUGCCUUCGGAUGCCAAGGCCAAGGAGACGAUCCGACGGAAGCUCUGGUGGACAUGCGUCUGGCAUGAUACGUUGACGUCGCUUUCAUUUGACAGUUGCGAUAUUCCUAUUAGCUCCGACGCACCACCCAGCAACUUCACAUAUCUAGAAAUGAUGUAUAAACUCAUAGAAACUAUUUCACGACGGCUGAAUCCCGAAGCCACGGCAACAUCAUCAUACCGGCAAAUUGUGGACAAUUGCGAGGCGGUAGAGGACCUUCGUCGCCGUUCGCUACCCCAUAUGCAAGACAAGGAACAGUGCAAGACGGCACUCCACCGUCUCCAAUACUAUGCAAUACGACUACAUACCUCAUUUGUCAUCUCAGUAGCUUGUCGGCCAGCUCUCAAACGAACUUGCGACUUUGAUCCCGAGCAAAGGAAGGAGCUGGCGGAUAGGUGCAAAGACAACCUCACGCAAACGGUCCGCAUGUUUUUGGCCAUGCAUCAGCUUUCCGUCAUUCCCACUCGAACUUGGGCAUUUACGUAUCACGGGCUAUCGUCGGCGCUACUUCUUGGCAUUCUGUGCGAAACCAAGGCGGACCCAAAAAUCCGCGCGCUUCAAGGGGACCUGAUUGAUGCCCUUUCAGCGACUGCCGCCAAGGAGGCCAGUUCGCCUGAGCCCCAUAUCGCGGUGAGCGGCAAAGACAUUGAGCUCUCUGGACCCUUGUCGCGAGCCCUCACUGCGCUCAGAAACAUAUACGAGCACGGAACAGUCACUGGCACCGCGCUCAAGCGCGACGGAGACUCAUCCGGCGGUGGGAGCGGUACCAGAACCCCGCUUCCGCCAUUCAUGCUAGCCGGCAGCAACGGCGCAAGCCUAAAUGCCCAGAUACGUGCCGCCCAAGCAGCGGGCGAUCCUCGCGAGGACGCUGCGCUCGCCAUGGCCGAGAUGCAGAACGGGGCAUCCCUUCCAGACUUUUCAGGGCAAGUUCCAACCCGACGGGGCUCCGACGGGGCUCCAAUUCCAUAUUCUCAACCGCUACCGGUGAGUAUGAACCUCGAGGGCCUUCCUGGCCUGUCAGUUGACCAGACGCAAUAUAUGGCACCAAUGGACGUAUUCGACUCCAUAUUGGGUGAAUACCCUGAUCCGUGGAACUCGGGCGUCGACGCCAUGAACUUUGACUUCAUGGCUCAGCCACCGCCGGGACAGCCGCAACAGCAAUUUUAUUUCUAA